CUCAGGGAUCGAACCGAGGAUCCCGGACGGCCGCGACGAUCGUCUCGACUUCUUCCUCAAACAGGAGGAGGCUGUCAUUCUAGAACCCGGCUUCAUGGGCACCAAUGAAUCAGAGGAGCACGCGGGAGGAGUUGAUGAUGAAACGGUUUCGUCGGUAGCCAAUCUGAAGGCAGCGCUGAUGAGUAAGAACAGUCUGCUGUCACUGCGGGCGGAGAUGCUGGGAGAUGAUAACCACUUGCUCUAUGAGUACCUGCCCAAAGGAGGACACACCCUAACCUGGCUUCACUCCGACAACUACUGCAGCACACUCCAGCCAAAGGCCACAGGGGGCACAAUGUAUAACAAACAGGAGACUUGCUUCUUUCCAUCCUCUCCCUGCCGCCAUCAUCAUCAUCAUCAUCAUCAUCAUCUAUCAUCACCUCCUCCAUCUCCAUCUCCAUCAUCGGCAAAGGCGCACUCUAACAUCACUCCCCCCACAUUAGUUCUACCCACUGAGCUCCAGCCCCAACAGAUCCCCAGUACGCAGGCUGGGGAGUCUACACCAGUGCUCCAUUUACAGGCCUUACACGUGGGAGUGGCCAGUGUGGACCUGGAAACCUCUUCCCUUCCAAAGGGCGAAGAUGAUGGAGGGGACACGGGGAAGAUCACCACAGUUUUGGCAGGUGACCCGAUGCCCGUGGAGAAGAAUCCGACGGCUAACAGAAACAGUGUUGGUGGACUGACUGCGUCAGCAUUUGUAGCUGGCAGAGAGAAUGAUGGUCUGAAGUCCUCGGCUAAACGGUCUAGUUUGGAAAAAAAAGAUGCCCUGCCAGAGCCUGGAGGUCCAUGGUCCUCCCAGGAGUUCACCUGCUCUCUGUGCAAACAGAUGUUUAGCAGCCGGGAGCGUCUCAGAGCUCACGAGUACCACCACACCGUCCCUCAAAUGUCCCACGACUGGGCAGGUGUCAAGGGUUUGCACUACCAAGCCCCGCUGCCGGAGCUGCAGUUCCACCAGUCUCUUUACCGCUCCACCGUGGCUAUGUCCGUGCCAGGACGCUACUCGUGUUCCCAUUGCCCCGCCCGCUUCACGCUUAAGUCCAACGCAAGCCGCCACGAGAAAACCAUCCACCUGAAAAAGAAGCUGCUGAAGUGCAUUCACUGUCUGAAGCACUUCAGGGACCGCACCGAUCUGCACAGGCACGUGUCCUCCAUGCACUCCAAAGUAAGACACACUUGUCCCGCCUGUGCUAAGGACUUCAGCACCACGCAGAACCUGGCUACACAUUUUGAAAUGUGCUGCCCCGUGCUGUCCAUGCCAGGGAUUAUACUGGGAGGCAGUAAAAGGAUGGCCAGUAUCCAGGGACAGGGUUAUGUGUCCACAUUGGCGGCUUUUACAAGAAAUUAAAGUUAACCCUUAAAAAAAUAACUAACUAACUAACCGCCCCUACAGUGGCACUGCAGCACCCCGUAGUGCCCCCCCCCACUUUGGGAACCUCCGGUUUAAGUGAAAGGAUUCAAAAUCGAACCUUUCCAUAUUACCACAGAUUCCACUUCCUGCUCAACGACGGUAGGUACGAGGACGAUCACUUCCUCUUGCAUUGCUGCAUCAGGAUCCAGAGGUUCUUGGUAUCAACAUCCGUACAACACUGUUUUCACUCACAACA